AUGAAGUCUCCUAGCAGCAGCUCUGAUGAAGAGUGUAAAAGUCAGCCUGAACCUGCCCAAGGCACCCCUGUCCAGAAACAGUUGAAUCGAGACAUCAACUACCGAAUCCAACACCACUCCAACUCUCCUGAGCAACGAGACUUGGAGAAACGAAGCAAAGGCCGAAGUCUCGGUCGAGGCCGCCGAUACUACCUCGACCUCCGUCGUGAACUGGCCUCUCUCCUAUACGACGAGAGAGACCUAUCCAUGGAGCCCCGAAUAAGCUCGGACGAAAACAAGUCAGACAUGUCCAUGUUGGCCGGAAGCAACGACAACGAGAUGUUAACCCAGUCUGUUGUCCCACUCACCUCUACCAGUCCGAUUGCGCGCUUGACUUCGAACGACUCGUACUCCUUCCUCGUCAAGUUCUACGCCUGGAACGUUGUCGCUACUGACCUCUAG